GCGCGGUGCGCGGAGGCAGAGAGGGCAACAGCCGGAGGAGCCCAGCCGAGCAGCCGCCGUCACCACGAGCGACCCGGGCUUCGGUUUUUACAGAGUUUACCCGGAGACACGGAGGCCUGGGGGCUCGGGUACAGAAUAAUGAGAGAGCCCUCUAACCGGAGGGGGCGAAAACAUGAACGGGGCCGUGUACAUUUCGUUUUUCCAGGGCCAGCUGGAGUCCGUGCUGGAGCAGGUCGUUCAGCUCGCCGUCCAGGAAAUAAGCAAGACGGUGGGCUCGAGCCUCAACACGCUGCUGCUGGAGACCGCUGUGAAGGAGCAGGAAAAUCGCAGGCUCCGGCUCCAGGUGCAGACGUGGGAGUCAAACCAGCGCAACAGCAGCAAAAACACCGGAGGGUCCCCGGUGGCGGGUAGGAACAAGGCUGGCAGGGCGGCCGGCGACGAGAGGGCGGACAGCGGCAGGACAAAGCCCGAGCACUCGCAGCUACACGCCCCCGGUGGCCACGGCACCGAGACCUGCCUCCACACCGACACACGCCGCCUGGAGCAGCGGGGACGAGUCGUUGAUCAGCUGAAGUCUGUGAUGGAGCAGGUGUUGGACUUUGCGCUGCACGAGCUCACAAAGAUCGUGGAGGCUUCGUUUGAUGACCUCCUGCUGGAGAUCACCAAGAUGGAGAGCGAGCAGCAUCUGCUGGAGGAGAGGAUGGACAAGGGGAUGGCAGGAGGAGACAAGGGAAGAGGUGGAGCUGGGGGCCGGAGGAGGGGGUCUGAGAACGAUUCGGUGUCCCCCAGCGGGUCUGACGAUACCCAGGAGGAGCUGGCCGAGGUCCCCGAGUCCAAGGAGACGCCAGAAGCAGACAACCUGGGGCGCCCCCCUGUCCUCUCCGUAGCUCAGGACUGGGUUCCCAUACUGGACAAGGUGUUCGGUCAGAAGUGGUGCAGCGACGUGUGGCAGAUAAAGGAGAUGGAUGGCGAGGCGGGGACCGGUACAGGGCGGGGUCUGGGUGAGGGCCGGGUCCAGCAGGUGGCCCCCCUCUCCAACACCUCUGUGACCCUGGAGCCCUCCCCCUCCUCCCCCCAGCAGGACCCCCGCUGGACCCCUCUGGAGGACAUGGAGGUGUUUUCUCCAGAUGAGGAGGCUGCAGGCAGUCAGAGGGACACGUCGGGCCCCCGACAUGGACGCCCCCACAACCCCACAGGCUCUUCAGGGCGGCGCUCCUCAGCCUCGAUGCUUCAUCGCCUCCUCACGCUGCCAUCUCAGCUGCUGGACGAGGAGGAGGACGCUGCCAACGACACGCUGGUUGCUCUCGCCAUCGAGGGAGUCAACGACCUCCGAGAAGCCAUUGAACAGCCCCGCCCGUUGCCCCCGCCCAACAGAGAGGAGGACGAGGAGGAGGAAGAAGAGGAGGAGGAGGAGGACAAAGGAAGGAAGCAGAAGAAGCGGCGGCGUGUUUGGUCGGAAUGUGAGGAGUGCGGUCGGAGGUUCAGCCGGAUGUCUCUCCUGAAGGCUCACCGGCAGACGCAUGCCGCGGAAAACACAGCUGCUGUCGACACGGCGUCCCCCGCGCCCGCCAGCAACUCCGCAGCGCUCCACUGCUCCACCUGCGGUAAGAGGUUCUCCUCCGCCACCCGCCUCCAUAGCCACAUCCGGGCCCAGCACCCCGGGACCCGGACCUGACCUCCAACAGAGUCCAACAAGAAGCUAAACAAACACCAGAGCAGUAUCCACAGAGCAGAACCAGAACCAUGAAGGGAAACGCAUCAGGAUCCCAGUCCAGAACGCUCUGGAGGAAACAAACAUGACCAAAGGGAUAGACCCGUUUUACACUCUUAAAUACUUUCAUUCUGAAAUAUAGACUAGCAAGCCGACUCCAGGCCUUCUGUAGAGCACUUUAUUAUUAAAGCUGCCACUAAAUUAUUUAUUCAACUAUUUAUUUAUAUUUCCCAUUAGCAGUUAGUCUAUGAAAUUACAAAAAACUAAAGUGAAGACGCCAUUAGCUGAAACUAAAAUAAUUUCUUAAAACUAUUUGUAAAAUAGUUUUAAGUAGCAGCAUUAAAGUAAUGAGAACUUUUAAAAAAUGUAUUUCCAAAAAUUGGAUUUAAAAUAAAGUUGAGCAAUAAAUGAUCGAUAAAAUAUUUAAUAUUAAGACCCUGCAAACAUAAAUUAUUAUUUUAAAAGAUUAAAAAUCACACAGAUAAAGAUUUGAAAAGAUCUCAGGUCUAAGAUCUGUCUAUCCCUCGUCAUUGGUACCCGACAACCAAUCAGUGUAUGGAGGAAGGUCACAUGAUCGAUGAUCAUCCAUAACCAGAUGGAGUCCAGGUCCGAUCUUGGUUCUGACUCCGGAUUUAUCAAGUUCAGGCGCUGACAAAUCGCUAACUCAAGUUAUCAAAAUAUUCAGCUUUUUUCAACAUUGAUCAUUUUGAAUGUAAUUUGGUAAGAGAUGAGUAUAAGCCAACAAAACAAUCAAAAAGUCCCGAAAGCUUGACUCCUCUUUCAGAUUCUGAAUUUUAGCGAUGGGGUCCGACAUGUAAACAAACAAAUCUGCCAAACAGGGAAAAUAUUCAACUGAUUUCACCAUUGAAAGGCAUUGCUUGAAAAGAUGAAAACUGUACUACUGUCAAACAAGGGGAAGUUAAAUUAAAUAGAAUCCUCUUAAUCUAGUAUUACCAUCCAAGGUUUCUUUAUGGAAAAUUCUGCUCUGUCCUGCCCCUGUUGAACUGGUGUUACCUUCUAGGGGCUUUUAUUUUGAAAAUAGUUUUCUUAUUUUCUCCAGGUUGCAAUCAAAGAGUUUUUUCUUCAGGAUUCGCCUAUUUGAAAAUAAGAGUUUUUUUGUGGCUUUUUAAAAUGACUUUAACUUAACAACUGUUAAAAGCUGAAUAGUUUUGAUAAAACAUAUUUGUAGACAUCUGAACUCCACAAAAGACUUAUUAAUCCCAACUCUGGAUUUAAUACAGGAAAUAAAGAACCUGAACAGGGAAUUAUUGCUGUGUAAGCAUCAAGGGCAGAGAUGACGAAGGGAAAAACUUCAUGUUUCAAUCUCCUCGUACAUGCAUCUCCUCUUCUUUUUUAAAUCCUGUAAAACACCCUCUUGGACAAGAAACAAGCCCCACCUCAUGAGGUGAGUCUGAGUCCCAGCAGGAGAUUUUAUUUUUAUUUUUUUGUUGUUGCAAUAAGCUUGUGGCCUCAGCAGUCGGACGGUCGGAGCUUCCUGUUGAUGAUCGUUGUUUUUCCUUCUCGUGUUGGAUCUGUAAAACGUGAAUUUGCAGGUGGAUUGAUUCCUGAUAUCAGUUUUUGUUUCAAAGUGCCCUUUUAUUGUUUCUUUCAACAGACUUUUUUUUUCUUUUUUUUCUCCAAUUUGUUUUUAGAUUAUCGUCAGGUGCAAUUUUGUCUUCAAGUUUUUUGGACUUGUAAAAACAAGCAAAAGGAAGAGAAACUUUGUCAGUGGCAUCGAUUGUUUUGGACUCGAUGAAUGUGAAUCUCUGCAGUUGUUUUUGUACAGUUUUUACUUUACAGACAGAACUGAAGAUGAAACGAGAGAAUAGAUGAAGUUUUUUUAAUCUGUAAUGGUUACCUCCUCUGCAUCUUUCUCUCCUUGCUUACAUCCUUCCUUCAUCCCUUGUUCUUCGGUUAAGCGACCUCAUGUUAACACACGGAUACCUCCUGAAACAAACACAACCACCUUUUUUUUCGUAUGCGAUUUCUGAUUGGUUACCUUUUAAUUUUUUUCUGGCUUCAACUAAUUAAUUAUGUGCUUUUAUUUGCUUUAAUUAAUCAGGUCUGUAUGAAGUAUGUAUUUUUAUGAAAUGGUGUUCCUGCAGAAGCCGUUGACUGCCAGGAAAUAGUCAAAAUAAAGAAAAUAGUCUUUGACUUAUAAAUAUUCAAAAAAGAUUAUACAAAGCUAUCAUUAAGAGUUUAUAACAAUAUAAAUCUCAGAAAAUCAUCAAAGAAAGUUUUCUUUCUAUGGCUGUUCACUACACACUGGCUUUACAUUUUUAUUCUUUUCUUCACUCAAUAGGUAUUAAACAUAUGGUAGCCCGUUAGUGCCAGGGGAAGAAAAUGUAUACAGAAAUGUAGUUUUCAACUUAGUGAAAUCUAUCAAAAAAAUAAAUAAACUAAUAGUUUUAUGGAUAAAAUCUAAUUUUUCCUUUUUAAUUUCACUAAAGGAUCAAAAUUCAUUUAAAUUGCCCCAACUCGUGUUGGUGUUGUUUCUUUAGAAUCAUUCCUACCUUUCCAUCUGUUUGUGACUUUAUCUUUUGUAGCAUGCAUAUGUCAAGAAAAGAUGGAAGGAGGGAUGUCUGUGAAUAGAAGGGUCAGAUAACAGAUAUAAAAACAAAUAUCAGUGAUAAAUCUCAAGAUUUCAUGUUUCUGCUCUGCGAUGCUUCAGCACGAACAAUCGAGACAUAUCCAUUGUCUUUAAGCUUUGUAAAUGUGCAAACUGAACGUUUUUCUAGCCUCAAGGUGAUUCUGUUUUUACUUGUCUUGAAAGAUAUGUAAGCAAUAUGAAGCCAAAACUCUGCCCAGCGGAUUGAGUUUGAUUUACUGUCAGAGAGCUGAUGGUGCUCAUGAUGCGCAAAAUGAUAUCACCGUUUCCAAAAUCAUUGGUUUGAUUUUGCUGCAUCAUGCCCACGGGUCCUCUGUGGUAUAAUACUUUCGCUAAUACAAUAUACUAAUGAUGCCUAAUAACUGUUUAAUUGUACAGCCUCUACAUUAAUAACAAAAGCUAAUUAUCUGCUCUGCAAACAUCUGAAUGACCCCACCGCAUUUGUGCAAACGCCAAGCAUCUAUUUCUUUUUCUCUGAUUUGUUGCACUUUCAGCCUCCACGUGUUCACACAUACCUCAUUUUAUUUUGUAAAACAUCUAGUGUUUUAUAUGUUCCUCUUCACACAUACCUCAUUACCUCAUUUGACUACAAUGUGUUUGUUUUUUUUCUGUUUUUUCGUUUUUGGAUUUGACUCAGAAACAGAAGCUGUCGCGUAAAAAACACAAAGCUGCAAAGAGAUGGUCUUUUAGGAUUGCUUUUUUUUAUCAUUUUAAAAACGGAUUUAUCUGCCUUUAAUAACAAGCUAUGACAGCUUUAUAAGAGUUUGCCCCAAAAUAUGGAAUGCUAUUUUUGCAGGUGGUUAAUAGUUAAAGAACCAUUUAAAAGAAAAAUAUGCAUAAUGUUAGAUACAAAUUGAGACCAUUUAGUUAGUUGAAUGUUUUGAAUCUUUCUUUUUGUUACACUUAAAGUUUGAGCACUUUUAAAGCACUUAAAAGGAAAAAGAAAAACAACAUCAAUUAUUAGUGUUGGGGAAGAUGCAAUUACUAACGACAGUAGGAUAAAAUGAGAUGAAAACAUAAAAUGGUAAUAAAGAAAGUUAAGUUACCACAUGAAAAAUGUGAAAUGUGCAAAAAAAAACAAAAAAAGUUAAAUUUAGUAAAAAAUAAACUAAUUUUAGAUGUUCUUUUUUAAAAUCCAAAACACACAAGUGAGUAGUUAUGUGGUUUUUACAUGACAGCUCUGUGAAUAAGCUUUUGGUUACUGUCAGAGAAAAACCUUGUACCUCUAAAUGUGAUCUUAUUUUUCUGACUGAAAUUCAAAUCUGCAAUGAACUUUGUGUGACAAACAGAAAAUGUCAGACCCAAGUGGAGGUUAUGAGGUUUUCUCUGACACAAUGGCGCCUUUUAAUCAAUCAAUGCUCCACCUGUUGUUGUUUACAGAAAUACAUGGAAGAGAGAAAUGCUUCUGGUUGAAAAUACAUAAAAGGGAAAAUUGUGAACUAACUAAAAGGGACCUCAGAGAGUACAGACCUCCGCUAGAAGAAAUUAAACCAUGCAGUAAACAUCAUGCUAUUAGUUUUUCCGUAUUUCCUGCUGACAAACACAAAGAAAAUGGAACUAAUAAUUUUAAACGGAUAUUCACAAGUUGUAAAAGUGAAUUAAAAAGUUUGAAUUUAUAUCAAAAGGGACCUUAUACUAAUAUUAGUAAUACUAAGCCAGAAUUGACAGUAAAUCAUAUCUGUGAUGUUUGGUUUUAAGUGAUGCUAAAAUCUUCAUUUGAUGUUCUUUAAAAAAAAAAAAAAAAUCAUAUGAUGACAUAAUCUUUAUCUGAAAAUGGUCAAAUACUGAUUCAAUGUUUUACAACAGAAUAAUUGUAAACGGUAAUGUCGUACUCACUUUUAUAAUAACUCUUCAGGCUGUCGUUGCGAUUAUACUUACCAAUAAUAAUUUCCACCAGAUGCAUUUCUCUCCAAUUUGUUUUAAAAAGAGGGAGUCGUUAACAGUUGUAAAAGGUCACACUAUAAUUUUUUCAUUAGCACUGAGACGCAUUCAUGUGUUCAUAUCACAGAGCAGAUCCCGGCUCCUUUGAUUUUCAUUUUAUAUGUCAGUUUUCUGAAAGUGGUUAUGUGGUUCCCAUGUGUAGCGAUGACAAUGUUUCAGCCUCUCCGUUAAAACGGGCUGCGAAAGGAAGGGAAUGGAAACUUAACGUUUAAGCAGAGGGGACCGCUCUUUAAAAAAAAAAGAAGUGUUCCUUAAAUAAACCAUAUAUUCAUAGUUAGUUUGAAGAAGUAGAGCUGGAGUUAUUGGAACUUCAUGCUGGGGUUCCUCAGGGAACGAUUCAAGGUCCUCUUAUUAUUUGAUGCAACACGGGAAUGAGGGGUGGAAAGGGAUUGUUUUAUUAAUUUCAAUUUUAAUUGUUUUACUUUAAGCAGACUGUGUGUUUUUAUUGACACAGGCAAAUGUGACUAAUGUUUAAAGCCUGGAAGUUUUAUUUCUUAAUUUUUAAAUACCUAUUUCUACUCCCUGUAUAAUCUCAAAGAACUGACUUGCUCUCGUCUGUCAAAGAAAGUUCAUUUUGUGUUUGGAUUUGAUGCAAUACUUUGGAUAAAAAAUGUGCCCUUUUUUGUAAUUUACCAGUCCAAUAAAACCAAAUCUUAAAUAGUUAUCCUGUUUAAAAAAUGACAUUUUAAAAGUGCUGCAGUUGAGUGGCAGGCAGUUGAAGCUUCAGUCAGAAUAAGGAAACUUAAUGUUCAAAUUAACUCAGAAUUGAUAUGACCUUUGACUUUUUUGUCAGUUUUCAGUUAAUUAUUGCCAACUUUCUCCAUCAUUAACCAGUGAACUAUGGUAAAUUCUCACUGUAUGUUAGGCUGUUUUUGUGCCCGUGUUGAUCACAGCAGCACCGUCUGAAUGUCAAAUACGCCACAUUACAAAAUGUCUGCCAUGAUAAUGUUAUGAUGAAAGCUAUGGUGAUGGUGCAUUUUUUUUAUUUCUAGACCUGUUUUAGUCAAUGAGACCGGGUACUUUUUAGUGUUAAAAUUCAAGGAAAACCAAUAAAUGUUCACAACGACCA